GAAAGCACCGACAAUACCGCAUAGCAUACUGCCAUACAACAGAGUAGAUGCCAGUAGAGAAUCGAACUCGAAGAAGUUCAAAAAUUCUCCCAUCCUUUCCGCCCGCCCAAACACCCCCGAGAUUUUAAAUUUUCUUCAUCCUCCUCGUGUCACAUCCAUAUAGUCAUCCUGUGACGGAGAGCCGUUGAAGCUGUUCACCUGCUUCAUUAUCUGCGCCCAAAACAACCCUAGCUAGACUUUGAUCUCGGCUCUCCCUAUCGCUCUUCUCUAAAUGGCUAGCUCCGAUUCUGCUCCAACCGUGCCUCCCGCCGUUCCUCUCUCAUCCAAGAAGGAGAACGUGACGCCUGUUAAUGCAAAGAUCGCUGAAUUGAGCGAAUCGAGGCAAGAACUUCUUAAUCGGAUUCAAGCUUUGAAACAGGAUCUACAGAGUUGGAGGUCGAAGUUAGACACUCAAGUCAAGGUUUACAGAGAUGAACUUUCAGACCUAAAGAAAUCACUCAAUGUUGAAGUGGACCAGCUUCGAUCAGAAUUUCAAUUGUUAAGGACUACUCUCCAACAGCAGCAAGAGGAUGUUACUGCUAGCUUGAAAAACUUGGGGUUGCAAGAUGUAUGUGGAGAAGUCAAAGAGGCUGAAGGUGACAAGGAUGAGAAAGCUGAAGAUUCGACCAAGGAGGAUAACAGUGAAGGCACUGAACAAUAGAUCUAUGGAAGAAGAGCAUGAUUCUGCGAUGUCAUGAUAUUGUGUUCUGUCGAUAUUCUGCGUUGUGUUUGGGUAAGUUAAGGAAAAGUAGAUCAGUAUUGUCUAGCUGACAGAUCUCUCAUCUGGAUAAUUGCUGUGCAAUGGCAUCGGCCAAUUUUUGUCUUUUUUUUCCCCUUCAUAUUAUUGUAUGCACUGUGUUGACUGUUGCAGAUCUUUAGAUGCAUUGUUCAGACUUUGUGCAACGAUUCUACUGCUUUAUGCUUUUAUGAAGAUGAAACACUGAUAAAAUCUACGAUAA